GAAAUUUCCAAACUUGCAAAUAGAAUUUGAAAACACAACAAAGAAUAAUCAAAACCCAAAAAAGAAAGUUCUCUCUUUCUAUAUCUCUCCAAGAAUAGAGAGAAAUUCCACGAAAUUGUUGCCUUCAAAUCACGAGAGAAUUAAACACCUCAAAUCAAAUUAACAUUGUGAGAAAAGAAAUCCCCAGAAAAAAAAAAUUAAAAAAAAUUAAAGCCCUUUCUCAACAGAAAUCUUCUGUUGAGAAGGGUGCUAAAUCUUGUUUAAUUCGAUUUAUUUCCGAAGUGGGUGUUGUUUUCUCGUGAUUUUAUCACUACCCACAUAAUUAAUCUCCCGCAUUUUCCCUGGAAAAAAAGAAAAAGAUUUCAGUUUGUGAAUUCAAAUUAUUUUGAGGUAGUGCGUUUUUUGCAAUAUUUCAUGGUCCGUUUUUCGUUCGUUUGGCUCCAUUGAAAUUGAGUAUUGAAGGGUAGAAGAUUGUUGAGAUUACUUUGGUGAUUUAGUACCUGAAAUUGUUGUUUGUAUGUCACAUAGUGGCCGCGAUUUUUGGCUUCCAAGAAUGGGGAGCAGAAAACCGAAUGACUCUUUGCGGCUUAUUUUGACAACUUCCAUUGGAAUUAUUAUUGGAUUUAUAGUUGGUGUUUAUAUUUCACUCUUUUCAGUUUCUAAGAUAAAUCCAGUCAUGAACUGCCUUCCUUUGGCAAUUCGGCCCUUUUCUGUACAACAACUGAGCGAUGGUGUUCAACAAAACCAAGUGUUAAAUGAUACAACAAAGAUACCAAAAUGGAUCCAAACAAAUCCCAGAGGAGCAGAGAGACUACCGCCAGGGAUAGUUGCGUCUACAUCUGACCUCUAUCUCCGUAGACUAUGGGGUCUUCCUAGUGAGGAUUUGAAAAGCAAACCUAAGUAUCUUGUAACCUUCACAGUUGGUAUAGAUAUGAGAGAAAAUAUUGACAAAGCAGUUAAAAAGUUCUCAGACAACUUCACCAUUCUGCUCUUCCAUUACGAUGGUAAGACAACUGAGUGGGAUCAAUUUGAGUGGUCAAAACGCGCUAUCCAUGUUAGUGCUCGAAAACAGACGAAAUGGUGGUAUGCGAAACGGUUUCUACAUCCUGACAUUGUAGCACCAUAUGAUUACAUCUUUAUCUGGGAUGAAGAUUUGGGUGUCGAGAAUUUUGAUUCUGAAAAAUACGUUGAAUUGGUUAAGAAACACGGUUUGGAGAUUUCGCAACCUGGUGUAGAUCCUAAGAGUCCAUUUACAUGGCAGAUGACAAGGAAAAGACAUGACAGUGAAGUUCACAAGGAAACAGAAGAGAAACCAGGCUGGUGCAAAGACCCACAUCUACCCCCUUGUGCCGCAUUUGUAGAGAUUAUGGCACCAGUGUUCUCUCGAGAAGCAUGGCGUUGUGUUUGGCAUAUGCUUCAGAAUGACUUGGUUCAUGGAUGGGGCAUCGACUUUGCCCUCAGAAAAUGUGUAGAGCCUGCAUACGAGAAAAUAGGAGUUGUAGAUGCUCAAUGGAUUGUUCAUAAACGUGUUCCAUCACUCGGUAACCAGGGCGAAUCAGCAGACGGGGUUUCUCCUUGGCAAGGGGUUCGGAAAAGAUGUGAAAGGGAAUGGAAGAUGUUCGAGAGCCGGCUUAACAAUGCCGAAAAGGCACAACAGAAGGAAAUCGAAAGCUCCACAUAAGUCCCGGUACACCGGUAAAUGGCGAAAUUUUGUGCAGGAGUUGCUAUUAAGCAAAAGGAAAUUUGUAGGGAAAAUGAUAGAAACAUAAGAUAUAGUUGUACCAAAUUGUAGGUCUAUACUGGUGAUAACAGGCAACAAUUUUGUCCAUAGGGCUCUGGUAUUUUUGAGGGGUUGACAAUGUUCUUUGUCAAAUGUGUAUAAAUAAACAAUUUUUAAGGGGGAGAUAUGUAAUUUAUACUUGCAUAGUUAUAAAUUUACAUGACAUUUUUUAAAA